CUACCAUCAAAUAUCCAUCAACGAAAGUGACAAACCCUAUACCGCAUUCGAGGCAUGCGGCAGCCUCUAUCAGUUCCGACGAAUUCCGUUUGGCAUCACAAAUGGCUUGGCUUGCUUUCAACGCGCCAUGGACGAGUUAAUUUGUAAAGAAAAGCUCGCAGGAACUUCUGCAUACGUCGACAACAUAACGGUUUGCGACGAAACCUCUUCAGACCAUGAUGAAAACCUAGAAAGGUUCCUGUCAGCGGCAAACAAUAAAUCUUUAUUCCGCCUACAAUGGGUAAAAGGACUGCUUAUAAUUAUUCAAGAAAUGCCCACAAACGGAGACAGAAAGAAAAGGCGCGGCUCAAAAUCAAGAAUCCGGUAAUUGACUCUGCUUGGAAACAUGGGCUAUCGAUCAAAUCCAAUUUCGAUCAAAUGGGUAUUGCCUAUGAUCCUAAUGAAGUUCUAAAAAUUUCUAACCGAGGAUUCUUCCAAGGCACUGGAUGUACUUCUGUCCCGCGAAUUAGGAAGAAGACAAAAGUUAUUCAAGCCCUUGAAAAUGCUGCUGCUAACAGUAAAAGCAGACCGUUAUUCAUGUCAGAAGACGAUCGACUCUUUUGCAUAUACAAUUUGGAACAGUAUGGUGAAAAUUAUAAGGAGAUGGCUCGUGAUGCACGCAAUUUGUAUCAAUUAACCCCUAACCAGCUGGAACGACUGAUUGAAAAAUUUAAGAAGACUACACACUAUCAGGAUUAUAUUACUGAGAAGAGACUGGGAACAUUCAACAUUGCGGAUCUUUACAAUAUUGCAGUCGCUUGAUGCCCAGCCAUUGAUUAUUGAUCCCAUUGUAUAUAUGCAUUGCACUUUGGUGAAUACAGUUUCCUUCCGCCUGAA